UAAAACCUUGCACAUGGAAGACUAAAUGUGUGAUUCAGCUGGGACAGAACCAAGGUUACUGAAUUGAGGCAACUGAAGAUGCUGCUGCUGUGGAAACAGCUGUUCCUGAUAUCACUUGUUGGCUGUCUUGGAGACCCUGAGAGCUCACGGAUGAAGAUGAGAAGCACUGUAUCCGUGCGAGAAGGGCAGGGAGUGGUGCUGCUCUGCGGAACGCCGCCCCGUGCAGGAGAGUUGUCAUUUGCUUGGAUCUUCAACGAGUAUCCAUCAUUUGUCCAAGAGGACAGCCGGCGAUUCGUGUCUCAGGAGACCGGUCACCUCUACAUCGCCAAAGUGGAACCUUCAGAUGUGGGAAAUUACACCUGUGUUGUAACCAGCACUGUGACAAACAGCCAGGUCCUUGGGUCACCAACCCCUCUCGUGCUGCGCACUGAUGGUGUGAUGGGAGAAUAUGAACCCAAAAUAGAAGUUCAGUUUCCUGAGACGCUUCCUGCAGCGAAAGGCUCGACUGUGAAACUGGAAUGCUUUGCUCUAGGAAACCCCGUGCCUCAGAUUAACUGGAGAAGAACUGACGGUAUGCCAUUUCCGAGCAAAAUAAAGCUAAGGAAAUCCAAUGGCAUGAUUGAAAUACCUAAUUUCCAGCAGGAGGAUGCAGGACUGUAUGAAUGUAUUACUGAAAACUCGAGAGGAAAAAACAUUGCAAGAGGUCGUCUCACUUACUAUGCAAAGCCACACUGGAUCCAGAUGAUAAAAGAUACUGAAAUUGCCGUAGAGGAUACCUUAUACUGGGAUUGCAGAGCAAGUGGCAAGCCAAAACCAUCAUACAGGUGGCUGAAGAAUGGAGAUCAACUGUCAGUAGAGGGAAGGAUCCAGAUUGAAAAUGGUGCGCUUACAAUAUCGAACCUAAAUCUGACAGAUUCUGGCAGAUACCAGUGCGUAGCUGAAAAUAAACAUGGUGUCAUCUAUUCGAGUGCAGAGCUCAGGGUUGUAGCUUCUGCUCCAGAUUUUUCCAAGAAUCCAAUGAAGAAAAUGAUUCAGGUUCAGAUCGGCAGCACAGUUGACUUUGAAUGCAAACCAAAAGCUUCCCCCAAGGCCAGGUGUUCCUGGAAGAAGGGAGGUGAGCAGCUACACGAAAACGAAAGAAUCACAUUAUUAAAGGAUGGAGGACUCAGAAUAAUCAAUGUGACUAAAGUUGAUGCUGGAAGCUACACUUGUGUGGCAACAAACCAGUUUGGAACAGCCAGUGGGACAACAAACUUAGUAGUUACAGAGCCAACAAGGAUCACUUUGGCACCUUCAAACAUGGAUGUCACUGUUGGAGAAAGCGUCAUCUUGCCUUGCCAGGUUCAGCACGAUCCCAUACUGGACAUCAGCUUCACGUGGUAUUUCAAUGGGACACUCACCGACUUCAAAAAAGAUGCCUCUCAUUUUGAGAAGGUUGGAGGGAGCGCAUCAGGAGACUUGCUGAUUAGAAACAUCCAGCUGAAACACAGUGGAAAAUACGUUUGUAUGGUGAAGACAGAAGUAGACAGUGUGGCAUCUGCAGCUGACCUUAUAGUACGAGGCUCACCUGGGCCUCCUGAACACGUGAGAGUGGAUGAAAUAACUGAUACUACAGCUCAGAUCUCCUGGCGAGAAGGCACAGACAAUCACAGCCCAGUGACUGCUUACACUGUACAAGCAAGAACACCUUUUUCAGUUGGCUGGCAGCGAGUUACCACAGUUCCAGACGUGAUUGAUGGAAAUACAUUCACAACCACAGUGGUGGAUUUAAAUCCUUGGGUCGAAUAUGAAUUUCGUGUAGUUGCCAGUAACAAAAUAGGAGGUGGAGAACCUAGUUUACCCUCAGAAAAAGUAAGAACUGAAGAGGCAGUUCCUGAAAUUCCCCCAGCUGAAGUCAGUGGGGGAGGCGGCAGCAGGUCUGAACUGGUCAUAACAUGGGAUCCCAUCCCUGAGGAGUUGCAAAAUGGAGAAGGAUUUGGAUACGUCGUCGCUUUUCGCCCUUUUGGCACCACAACAUGGAUACAGACUGUAGUCACCUCUCCUGACACGCCCAGAUAUGUCUUUAGGAAUGAAAGCAUCUUGCCAUUUUCACCAUAUGAAGUCAAAGUUGGUGUCUAUAACAAUAAAGGAGAAGGGCCAUUCAGUUCAAUAACAACUGUUUUUUCAGCUGAAGAAGAGCCUACUGUAGCCCCCUCUGGUGUGUCUGUGACAAGCCUGUCCUCCUCUGUCAUCGAAGUCUCCUGGAAAGCCAUUCCCUGGAAGAUGAGUAGUGGAAGACUACUGGGCUAUGAGGUGAGGUACUGGAACAAUGGAGGAAAAGAAGAAUCUUCAAACAGAGUUAAAGCUGCAGGGAAUGAAACUUCAAUAAGAAUAACAGGUUUGAAGAGCAACUUAGCAUACUACACAGCUGUCCGUGCCUACAACAGUGCUGGAGCAGGUCCCUUCAGUGCCACAGUGAAUGCUACCACAAAAAAGACACCACCCAGUCAGCCACCAGGAAACGUUGUGUGGAACGUUACUGACUCCAGAGUCAUCCUCAACUGGGAAGAAGUAAGAGCCAUGGAGAAUGAGUCUGAGGUGACUGGGUAUAAGGUUCUGUACAGGACAAGCAGUCAGAACAAUAUGAAUGUGCUGAACACAGACAAAACAACAGCUGAACUUCUGCUCCAGUUUAAUGAAGAUUACAUUAUAGAAGUAAAAGCAACAACUGAAGGUGGAGAUGGCACCAGCAGUGAUCAGAUCCUGAUUCCCAGACUAGCUAGUAUGGAUGCAAGAGGCUCUGGUCCAUCAACCUUGAAUAUCUUCAGUCUAUCCAGCAUUUUACCGACAGUGUUUUCCUUCACUCUUAAUUCAGUGUUGUGAUGAUGCAUUUUCAUUUGCUAGAAGAAACAAAUUAUCAAUCAGUUAUUACAGAAAAGUGCUUUUUUAAAAAAAAAAACAAACAAGCUGCAGUGGUUAAUGCAUGUUUUUCUUCUGACAUGUUUUUAAAUUCUUUAUAUUUCACUGUAGGAUGAAUUAAAAAUACCAUGUAAAGUUUAGCAAAUCCUUUAAAAAGGAGUCUGAAAUGCCUUAAUACUUGAACCAAAGGAGUUUACAUAUUACGUACUUCAGCUACAGUAUAAGAAGAGUGAAUUAAAAUGGCACUGUGAUCAAUUACAAGGAAGAGCUUGGCUCUGUGAAAAACUCAGUUUUUACAGUGACAAUGAAUUGUUUUGAGUAUAUUUUACAGUAUUAUGAUAACAUCAUUCUACAUAUGAAAGCUGAGAUCAGAGCAUGCAGUUUCAAGCAAUGGAAAACAUGAACUACUUGGCAGUUCUUUAAGACAGUGUCAGUGGCUUGCUGCCCUUCACAUAAGUUAUUCUAAAUCUAGCAAGAAAUCAAAGCUAAAAGUUAGAGAAGUCACAGUAUUAAUGUUAGUUUUGCACAGUCCACAUUGGGGUGUCUGAGAGGCAGGGCUUCCACUACUUCUAAGAAAUGAUCUCACAGCCACGUUUCAAAGAAAGCUCUCUUCUAUCCCAGCGUACAUCUGUGUACUCUUUCCAGCACUUGACCUUCCUCCUAAUCACUUCUAAGGUAAUCUCCUCCCAUCCUUACCUUAUAUUCAGUAACCAGAUCCUUUAUUCAUAACCAAGUUCUCCCACCUUCGGGAUCAUUCUUACUGCCCUUCUCUGAACUCCUGUCAGUGUGUUUCACUAACACAAGUGCCCAUUUGUAAGCACUGCUGAAAUGCAGUUGCACCACGGCCUUAUGAAAAGGAACUGUUACCACCUUCCUACCUUGUGAUGUGGUGCUUCCAAAUAUGCAGCCCAAAAUUAUCUUGUCUGCUGCACCGCACGCGCUGUAACUUCAA